AUGACUCUAUUCCUUCGUGCAAAUGACGCUUUAAAAGUCAAUCCCCCCCUUGGGCCGGAUGAGACCCUAUCUCUGGCAGGAUCCGAUUGGCUUUGGGCAGUUAUGGCAGUUCACUUGCUCGCAUUCCUCAUUCUCCUAACUUUCUGCUUCACCACCCCCGAGAGUGAUAGGGUUUUUCAUUACCUGUUCACCAUCACCCUCCUCGUUGGCACUGUGACAUACUACGCAGAGGCUGCUGAUCUAGGCUGGAGCACAGUCAAGCAGGUCGACCAGCUCGGCAACGGUUCUUCUCGCCAGAUGUUUUACGCCAAGUAUAUAAACUGGGCUGUCGCCUUCCCUUCUGCUAGCCUAGCGCUGGGCCUACUAUCCAACGUCUCUUGGACCACCAUCGUUACAAACAUAUUUGUGUCCCUCCUCUGGGUGAUAACUUACCUCGCCGCUGCCUAUACUACAACAAGCUAUAAAUGGGGCCUUUUCGCGUUCGGAACUCUAUGCUGGAUCAUUCUCGCCAUGAGCACGCUUAAUGAGAGCCGCGAAGCAGCGUCACGUAUUGGCAUUUCUCGGGACUAUAUGAUACUUUCCGCGGUAGCAAAUUUUUCCUGGGUCCUGUACCCUAUUUCUUUUGGGCUUAGCGAUGGCGGCAACAUCAUAGGCAUUACGGGCAGCUUCAUCUUCUUUGGUAUUCUUGAUAUGCUAGCAGUGCCGGCGCUUGCAUUGCUGUUCAUAAUAUUAGCAAGCAAGUGGGAUUAUCAUCGUUUGCAUCUAGCCUUCAGCGAGCACCGCUACGCCCCGGAAGAUCAUGAAACCGCCUUGCCGAAAGGAAGCGGGACUGCAACUCUCACCGGCAAUAGUUCCACUGUCUAA